UUGAUUUGUCCGAGGUGUUCCAAAGGGCACCUGACAAUGACCUUCACCUUGUAACAACGUGAAGCUCUUCUACGAGAUCCAACAGAUCGAUUUCGAAGGAAGCUAACAAUAUGUCGUACAAAACUUUACCGCUUCUAUUCAUUAACCUCGGUGGUGAAAUGAUUUAUAUUUUAGAUCAAAGACUGAGGGCUCAAAACAUUCCUAAUGAAAAAUCGAGGAAAGUUCUUCAUGAUAUCAUAUCUACAAUGUUCCACAAAAGAUUUAUGGAGGAGUUGUUUAAACCCCAGCCCCUAUAUUCCAAGAAAGCCAUGAGGACAGUAUUUGACAGACUAGCACAUGCUUCAAUCAUGAGACUUAAUGCUCCAAGCAUGGACAAGCUAUACGACUUGAUGACAAUGGCUUUCAAGUAUCAAGUGUCACUGUGUCUGAGGCCAAAAGAAAUCAUUCUGAUCACCUUGAAUCACAUGGAUGCUAUUCGUGCCUUUGUCGAGGGUCAGCCAAACAUCAAACAGCAGGUGGAUCACGUCUACAGAUUGCUCAUAGAGACCUUUGGGUCCCUCUCUAUGGGAGAAUUCCAGCUUAUACGACAAACUCUUCUGAAUUUUUUUCAGGAUAUGCAUAUUAGGGUUUCAAUAUUUCUGAAGGACAAGGUUCAAAACAGCAAUGGCCGCUUUGUGUUACCUGUAGGUGGCGCUGUGCCUUAUGGAGCAGAACUUCCAGGAUCCAUAAAACUUUUUAAUGCCAAUGGUGCCGAGGUUAAAACCUCCUCAUUUCGACCGGGUGGAAGUUACCAGCCCUCCCAGGGAGACGGUUCUCUGGACAUCAUCGGAAAUAGGGUCACCACUCUGGGAACAAACAUGUACAUACACGCCUAUGGCCAGCAGUACUCAGUGUCAAGGCCGGUAGACACCACUGGAUCCCACCGCAUUUCUAAAUCAGCACCCACCAUCUCAGAUAUCGAUUCAGCAACUCCAGAUCCAAUGGCCAAAGCCCACCUAGAUCUCCUGUGUCAGUUAAUCGGUAGCUCCGCAGCGAAGUCAGAAAUCCGCCUGAAUCUGUUCAAAACAGACGAGGAGGAAGAACAAGCAUCUGUUGCCUCUAUACAACCAGUGGAACAUGCUCAGUCUAAAGUAGUCAACAUUGAUCUCAAGAAAAACAAGAAUGAUGAACUGAACAGAAUAGUUGGAGAACUCUCUAUUGAUAACAGUCAGAAUGAGGCUGAAGAUGACCUUUUGAACUUGAUGGAUAGUGCAUGAUGGGAAAUCUGUAUCAUGGAGGAACAGUGGUCUGCUGGACCAGACCACUUUAAAAUCCAUAACAGAAUCUGCAAUACGUUUGUCUUAAUGAGACACUUUAUGAGUGAUUCAUCGUUUGAGUCAGAAAACAGAGUAGUAUCUCCUGUAAAGAAACUUCUUUAUUCUGGAUUGUCAGAUUUUGUGAGCUUAAUUUUGUUUUGAAUCGAUCACGUUUAUGUUUGUUUCAUGCUUUCGAUUUGAAUAUUUCACUUCUUUUGAAUUGAGAUGAAUUUUCAGUGUGAUUUAGGCUCUGAAAUCUGCAAUUUAUAUCCUAGAGAAUGAUUUGUUUCUUAGCUAGGAAUUUCUCGUAGAAUUGAUUUGUAUGCAGCACACAUGUAUACACUGUUCAGCAGGACUUUCAUGAUGUCAAUUUCAUCAUAAUUUGUAAAUUCUUUCGUAGUACUUGUGUGAAAGUUUUGGCUUUGAAUUCAACGUGUUCAUUUUGGAGCGUAAAUCACAAUUCCACCUAGAUAUAGGAGAGGAAAGGCAGUCUAGAAUUAGAAAUGGCUGAAUUCAAAGCCGAUAGACAUAACCCCUCCUCCGUUUUCAGUAGUCAAUAACUCGCAUGUUUGAAAUGAUAUAAUUUCCAAGUGAAAUCCAUUUAAAAGGGUAUAAUUCAUGUAUCGUGUUUGAAUGCACUAUGGUGUUGGGGACCUUGAGUAAUGCUAUAGUAGAUACUGUGAUACUAAAUUAUGUACAUUGUAGUCUAGGUUUUAUUUUAAGACAUGAUGCAGCAAAUCAUUACUUAAUUGCAAAUUUAUUUCACAAUUGACAGAUGGAGUAGCUAUUCUUGUGCUUAACAUUCAUUGUGAAUCCAGUCGUGUUUUUUUAAAUUAUCACAAUUGACAUCUUAUUAUCCAUAAAUAUGUUGGAGGCUUUUUCUCCUCUUAACAAUAGAUGGAUGAUUGGGUUGUUCUAUUUGAAUUUACUUGGAAGGGACUGAACUCUUACAUAUUCGUGAAAAUGGAAUCUUUACACACACACCCACCUCAUUUCUAUGGUACAAUGAACAGGAAUGAAACAUUGGGACUUCUCCCUCCCAGGUAAACUGAAAUGGAACAGCCCUAGCAGUGAUUUAAUAAAACAAGUCAAUGUAUUUUUAUGGAGUGUGAAAGAAGGUCAAGAAUGUGUGAUGGAAGUAAAAUUAAAAAUUUUUGAGAAAUAUACAAAUGUUGAAGCCGUCCAAACACAUGUACCAAACUUUAUUUUGUCUUGUAAUGUGUCAAAGAGUUGUCUUUCUUGCUCCAUUGUUGUGCUAUGAAUCUCCUGAAGGUGACUGCGACCUGCAGAUGUUUCAAGAGCAUUUAUCUCGUGUUAUUUUGUGCAAUUAAUGAGAGUUGUGAUAAUGUCACUUUCACGUGUUUAUUGUCAAUAAAGGUGUAUUUUAUUGAA